AUGGCAGACUCUGCAGAAGCUAUAAGAGAGCGUUUUGUUCCCGCUGCAUGCCCGGAACUGGAGGACGAUGUCCUCUCCGAGCUCCAAUCUAUCAUGCGCCUUCACUCGAUCGACGUGCAGGAAUUAUGGUACAAAUGGGAAUCUUACAGCAUGAAAAUGGGCGCGGACGACAUGAAGUUAAAUAUCGACACUGCGAGGGCUUUGAAGAAGGACGUGCAAGAUGGAUUGGAGCGCGAAAGUAGGAGCAAGACGCAUCUGCAGACAAAUAAACGUGGGGGGGCUACACCGCGAAAUGUCUCGAACAGUGGGGAUGUUUUUGGGAUGCUGGACGGCCUCGUGCCUAAUACUCCGAAAGCUGGAUCUGUGAGUCGACUGAAUGGAAAGCGGAAGCUGGAAACACCUACGAUGUCGAGAGUGAAGGCCGAACCUGCAAGCAGUCCACCAGAUUUCAAGACACCAUAUAAACCGGGUGAUCAGAGUGGUUCAGCAGUUUCCUUUCACGACCGACCAAAUGCUGGACAAGCGGUCGAAGUUCUGAAUGAUUAUCUACAAGUUCCAGAUCCACCAUUUGCUCCGUUUUCCGAAACCCGGAUUAAACUUGUAGGGAAUUCGGAUAUCAAGAAGCUAUCAUACAAGCCAUUGGCUAUGAAGUCGUCUGAGGCGUCUGAGAUUUUGGAUGAUCGGAUAGAUGAGUUCAUGACUUUCGUUCAAGCACACCACAACCUCGAGGACGCUGCGUUUGGAAGUGCUGCAAGCCAGGGAGCCAAUGAGAUUGUGGCAGUUGGAAGGAUAGCAUCAGAUUCUUUGGAAGGGAAACUCAACGCCUCAUCUAUUGUGCUUGAGACAUCACGACGAAUGGGCGCAGGUCUACGAGUACCCUUGAAACUCGACGCUCUACCCGGCUUCCAAUUUUUCCCCGGUCAAAUUGUGGCAUUGAAAGGAAUCAACGCUUCAGGUGACAACUUCACAGUCAGCGAGAUACUGGAAAUGCCCCUCUUAGGAAGCGCAGCAUCCUCAACAACCCGCCUCGAAGAACACGUCCAGCGCCUCCGUGGUGGCCCAGACGCCAUGGACUCGGACAGCCCCCCAGCCCCCCUAAACAUUCUCAUCGCCUCCGGUCCCUACACCGCCGACGACAAUCUCGACUUCGAGCCCCUCCACGCCCUCUGCAGCCAAGCAGCAGACUCAUAUGCCGACGCUCUCAUCCUCACCGGCCCUUUCCUCGACAUCGACCACCCGCUCAUCGCCUCUGGCGACUUCGACCUCCCCGAAGACGCAGUGCCAGAACCAGAUACCGCUACCAUGAACACAGUCUUCAAAUACCUAAUCUCGCCCGCAUUCGUCUCAUUAGUAUCAGCAAACCCACAUAUCACCAUCAUCCUCGUCCCAUCCGUGAAAGACAUAAUCAGCAAACAUGUUUCCUGGCCCCAAGAGCCCUUCCCCAGAAAAGAUCUCGGGCUUCCCAAAUCCGUAAAAAUCAUCGGUAACCCCAUGACGUUAUCCCUCAACGAGAUCGCAAUCGGGAUUUCCUCCCAAGACAUCCUCACCGAGCUCCGUACAUCUGAAGUCACGGGCGGGAAAAUUCAAGACGCAUCCAUGCUAGCCAGGUUACCGAAAUAUAUGAUCGAGCAGCGGAAUUUCUUCCCCCUGUUUCCGAGUGUUGAUAGGGAGGCUUUGCCGAAGACGGGGACGAGGGAGGGGAAGCCGGCGGGGAGUAUGCUUGAUGUUAGUUUUUUGAGACUGGGGGAGAUGGUUAACGUGAGGCCGGAUCUUCUGGUUGUUCCCAGUGCGCUGCCGGCUUUUGCUAAGGUCGUAGAAAGUGUCUUGGUUGUCAAUCCGGGGUAUUUGUCGAAAAGGAGGGCGGCGGGUACUUAUGUACGGUUGACCGUAUAUCCAGCUACUGUUACGGAUGAGGAGAGAAGCUCGGGUUUGAUGGUUGGGCAUAAGCUGUUUGAACGCGCUAGGGUUGAUGUGUUGCGGAUAUGA